AUGAGUGAAUUACAACGGUUAGUUUGGGCUGGAAAGCUCAAUUUGCAGAUACAGCUGGACCCACACCUGGUUUUAAGUGAUUUCAAGGGAAGUGAUGAGGGUCCUAUGCAUUUGUUAACCGUUAACAUUCAAGUACCGAGAGAUUCUUAUUUGGUCUUGUUUCUUCCCCAUAUUGUUCAAAAGCUGGAAAGACAGCUGAGAAUGAACCUUAACGACUACUAUCAAGGUUGGUGGUUCGAAAUGGAAAACGUGUGUAUUCCGUGGAACUUCCCUAUCGGUGCAGUUUACGACUCAUUGACUGGAUUAAACCCACAGACUCGCGCCUCUAAUUUCGAGCGAGACAGGCUCAACGUUUGGAAAUUGAAUCUUCGACACGGAAAGCAACCUCCUAGCGGUUUCCUACCUAUACACAAUGGGUUAGAGCAGAUUCGAGAAUUGUGGAUGCACCAAUGGAAACAGGCUUGUUUUGUCCUGAACGGGAACUCAAAAGUUGUGAUGUCAUUUUCAAAACCAGAUACGUUGUCUUUUUGGAACAGUGUACUACACAGAGACCUGGACAGCUUCACGUCCAUAAGGCAAAAAAUACUCCCAGCAAAAAACGCGGCCAAGUCUAUCCCGGUGCGAAUCCACCUCGCACUUCCAGACGUAAGGCUGGUAGAGCCUGUUUGCAACGCACACGAUAAUCAAAGAGAAUUGGAGCUUCAGGACUUGCUGGCUCGAGAAUUUCCUGAAUGGUUCGCGAUCCGCGAGAAUUCUCUAAAUCUCGCCAUGCCUGUAGUUCAGGGUAUCAAAGUGCCCAUAAAUAUCCCCCUUUGGACUUUGCAUCAACAGCUAUCUAGCUUUGACGGCUUUCUGCACAUUUCGCUAUGUCUCAUUGCAGAAAACGAUACCGAAUGA